UCGUCGGUCGACAUUUUCGGCACAGCAUCAUCAGCGCUGACGUGAAGCUACGUGAGCGGAGGCAGAGGCCGUGCACCCAUGCUGUAAUUACUGUAGUGACGAGUCCGACUACGUAUAAACUCGGGGACUAUGGAUACCUCCGUCUCACCUGAGCUGGACAGCAGUUUCAACGACUCGGUGACAGAUGGAGAGGACGACCACAGUGAGGACAGUCCACCUCCUGCAGCCCCUCUUCAGCAGGUGUCUCCAGGUGUGACUGUUGUCCAGCUGUGCGACGGUCAGACGGUGCAGGUCCCCCAGACCUCCGUCAUACAGUCACCACAAGUCCAGACUGUGCAGAUUGCCAGAGUCGCAGAGCUGCAGCACGACGAGUCCGUCGCAGACACGCAGCAGAGACGGGCGCUUCUCUCCAGGCGUCCGUCUUAUCGGAAAAUACUCAAUGAGCUUUCAUCCGAUUCGCCGGCAGUUCCUAAAAUCGACGAAGAGAAGAUGGAGGAGGAGGAGGAGGAGGCGGUCUCCAGCGCCGCCUCAGCACCAGCGCCGACCUCCAUCUACCAGACCGACUCAGGACAAUACCCUGCCACAGGAGACAUACCUGCCUAUCAGCUGCGUUCGCCCAACUCAGGCCUGUCUCACAGCAUCGUCAUGGCUGCGUCCCCGGGCAGCAUGCAGUCCCCGUCCCACCACACUGAAAACAUCACACGCAAGAGGGAAGUCCGACUGAUGAAGAACAGGGAGGCAGCUCGUGAGUGCCGCAGGAAAAAGAAGGAGUACGUGAAAUGUCUGGAGAACCGCGUGGCCGUGUUGGAAAACCAAAACAAGACCCUGAUUGAAGAGCUGAAAGCACUGAAGGACAUUUACUGCCACAAAGCCGAGUAGUGGUUUGUGGUGACGAGCUGAAGACGCUGCUGUUUACAAACUGCUGCAGCAAAGUGAAAGAAAAGACUCUCCUUUGACCGUCUCUGUGUCUGCGCUCAGUCGGACCCGCUUUACGCUGAAUCCAGAAGUGUCCCUGGACUUCCAACAGCUCCAGCUCGCCGGUUUCGCUCUUGUUCUUAUCUUGUGCUCUUUGCAUGUGAAGACUCAAGCGUCACACACACACACACACACACACACUGUGCUUGCUGUCGCUUUUGUGCACGGUCGAAGCCAGCCAAUGAUAGCCAGAUGAAGAAGAGGAAGAGGAAGUGCAGGUGCUUCCUGACAAUGUACCGCUCGAGCUCAGAUUUUUACAAAGAAAGCCUCGGCGGGUCAGCCGGGUCUCUGAGGUCACAAAGCUUCGCACAUUCACCAGCAGCUACGACGAGGCUCCUCCACCGUGCUCUCCUGAUCAUCUGCGUCAUCCUGUUUCCGGCUGGUCGAUGCAUUCCUUCGUGCUAAAACGCAACGAAAUAUCUUCAAGCAUUUUUGUAAUUUUAGUGAUUUCAUCAAGUUGUCAUUAGCAGAAUACAAAAUAUAUUUUGCAUUAUCUGAAUCAGAAGUUAUUUUCAGUUGAUGGUUGUAUUUGAAAAGAGCACAACAGCCCUUCAGUCGAAGCACAGAAAGAAUGUUUAUUCUAUUAUGUUUAUUUGGAGACUUUCACUCCGCAGGUUUAAAGUAUCUUCUCCAAAGCAAACCUUUUAAAGCUUUACUGUCCUGCAAGCUUCAUUUAUUAUUCAAAUGAUGGAUAUCCAUUGUGGUAUAAAACUGUGUUGUUUUAUGGCUAGAUAUUAAAAUGCUCUGUUUAAAGGGUGAUGCCAAUUUCUUUUCUUUUUUUGUUUCUGUAAAGACAUUUUUUUUGAGUGAUAAUAUAUCAAGUUGUUCCUGUUAGUGGUGAUUUUGAGAAGCGCUUGCCUGUUCUGUUUGUGUCGUUGAGUUGGUUCCACUGAAUAUAUUUUAUUGAAACAACAUCUGUGAAUGUGACGGAGCAUCUCUUCUGACUGCCAAAGCUCUUGAAGUAACAGUGAGGUGUUGAACGUGUUUCUCUGCUUGUGGUUUUUCUCCGUAUCAAAUGGCUCGAUCUUUUCCCAGAUGUUCUCUUCUCAGUGUAUUUCCUUGUUUGAAUUGUAAAACCAAAACUAUUUUUGUCUAUCAAAUAAAAUAAAAUAUGACAUGUAUUGUGA